AUGAAAGCAAUUGAACAGUCCAGAAUCGCUGUCAUCAUCUUCUCAAGGGAGUAUGCAUUUUCCAUAGGGUGUCUUGUGGAGCUGGAGAAGAUCAUGGAGUGUAGAAGAACACUGGGGCAGAGGGUUUUGCCAAUUUUCUGUCAUGUUGAUCCUAAAGAUGUCGGGAAACAAAUCGAUAGUUUUCUAGUGCGCUGCCAUGGAGUUAAAGAUUGGGAAGAAAUGAUGCAGUCUUGGAGAAAGUCUCUAAUUGAAGCUGCAAAUUUGCCCGGCCUUGGAGUUAAAGAUUGGGAAGAAAUGACGCAGUCUUGGAGAAAGUCUCUAAUUGAAGCUGCAUAUUUGUCCUGCCUUGAUUCUAAGGCGUGUGAUGGGUACCAAGGAAAGUCUGUUGGAAAAAUUGUUGGCGAGAUCACCAGAAAACUGAAGAGCGCAUGCGUAGACGUAGCCACCAAACAAGUAGAAUUAGAUUCUAGCAUGCAAGAGAUCAGUAAUGAUGUAAAGGUUCAAGUUGGAAAAGACUCUCGCUUGCAAGAAAUUAGCACUCAUUUAGAUGUUGGAGGCCCAAAAGAUGCUCACAUUCAACUCCAAGGCCCACGGCCCUCCGCUCUCAAAGUCAACAAAGAGUCGGUCAAGACAAAGAAGUGA